UGACGCUACCGACUGCAGGUUAAAAAUGACAAGAAAUUUGUCUACGGGAAUCUAAAUACAACACGCCAGUUUUGAUGUCUCUGUCUGGAUAUUUAAGAAGUUGAGCAAGGGAUUCACUCGAUCAUCUUUCCUGAUCAUCUGACUGACUGGCACGCCCGUCAUUUUACACAGUGUUGUUCACCUGCUCAGACAGUGGGAAUGCAUUCACUUGGUCAUCUGAACUGAAGGUACAUCAGCAAGUUCACACUGGACAGGGCCAUUCACCUGUUCUGUGUGUGAGAAGGGAUUCAGUCAGUCUUCCCACCUGUGGACACACCAGUCAGUUCACAUUGGGCGGAUGCUGGUCAUCUGCUGAAUUUGUGGGGAAGGAUUCACUGGGUCAUCUGACCUAAUGACUCACCAGCGAGUUCACACCGGGGAGCGGCCGUUCACCUGCUCGGACUGCGGGAAGGGAUUCACUUGCUCAUCUAAACUGAAGGUACAUCAGAGAGUUCACACUGGAGAGAGACCGUUCACCUGCUCAGACUGUGGGAAGGGAUUCAUUAAAUCAUCUCAGCUACUGAGACACCAGUCAGUUCACACUGCAGAGAGGGAUUUUUGCUGCUCAGACUGUGGGAAGGGAUUCACUCAUUCAUCUCGACUGAAGGAACAUCAACGAGUUCACAAUGGAGAGAGACCGUUCACCUGCUCAGACUGUGGGAAAGGAUUCACUUGGUCGUUUCAGCUAAAGGCACAUCAGAGACUUCACACUGGGGAGAGGCCGUUCAUCUGUUUGUUGUGUGGGAAGGGAUUCACUCAGUUACCUAACCUACAAGCACACAAGACAGUUCACACUGGGGAGAGGCCGUUUACCUGCUCAGACUGCGGGAAGGGAUUCACUCAUUCAUCUCGACUGAAGGAACACCAGUCAGUUCACACUGGGGAAAGGCCGUUCAGCUGCUCAGUCUGUGGGAAGGGAUUCACUCGGUCAUCCACCCUACUGAGACACCAGUCAGUUCACACUGCAGAGAGGGAUUUCACCUGCUCAGAAUGUGGGAAGGGAUUCACUCGAUCAUCCACCCUACAGAUACACCAGCGAGUUCACACUGGGGAGAGGCCGUUUAAAUGCUCAGACUGUGGGAUGGGAUUCACUUCGUCAUCUCACCUACUGACACACCGGUUAGUACACACGGGGGAGAGACCGUUCACCUGCUCAGUCUGUGAGAAGACAUUCACUCAGUCAUCCAACCUACAGAGACACCAACGAGUUCACACUGGGGAAAAGCCAUACAUCUGCUCAGAAUGUGGGAAGGGAUUCACUCGGUCAUCCGAACUACUGGCACACCAGUCAGUUCACACUGGGGAGAGGCCGUUCACCUGCUCAGAAUGUGGGAAGGGAUUCACUCGGUCAUCCCAACUACUGGCACACCAGUCAGGUCACACUGGGGAGAGGCCGUUCACCUGCUGUGAAUGUGGAAAGGGAUUCACUCAGUCAUCUCACCUACAGAGACACCAGCGAGUUCACACUGCAUAGACC